CGAGUAAAUGAAGCGGUGAGCCAAAAAGGAAAAGGAAGACAGAAGCCUUGCUCUAAGAUACAGCAACUAUGGCAGAUACUAUUAGCAACAGAAGAAGGAGAAGAGGCGUUUUCGGAGUCUCGAUAUGCGGUGUAGCGGAUGAGAUCGAGGAACUGUCCAGAGACGGCAGCCAAUUCAGCCUCACCACCGGAAUCCUCCCCUCUCUCGGCGCCCGGAGCAGCCGCAGAAUCCAGCUCCGCCGAUUCACUAUCUCCCCCUACGACCGCCGCUACAGGAUAUGGGAAACCUUUUUGGUAGUUCUGGUCAUCUACACAGCUUGGGCGUCUCCUUUCGAGUUCGGUUUUCUUAGAAAACCAGAAGGGCCAUUGUCUAUUAUUGACAAUGUUGUCAAUGGAUUCUUCGCAAUAGAUAUAGUCCUCACCUUCUUUGUGGCAUACCUGGAUAAGACCACAUACCUUGUGGUUGAUGACAGAAAACAGAUUGCUUGGAAGUAUGGGACUACAUGGUUGGCACUUGAUGUCAUAUCCACAAUCCCUUCAGAGCUAGCCAGGAAAAUCUUGCCAAAACCUUUAAGACCAUAUGGCUUAUUCAACAUGCUUCGCCUCUGGCGUCUCCGUAGGGUGGGUGCUUUAUUUGCCAGAUUGGAAAAAGAUAGAAACAUCAACUAUUUCUGGGUUCGUUGUGCAAAGCUUAUAUGCGUCACUCUAUUUGCUGUACAUUGUGCCGGAUGCUUCUUUUAUCUUCUGGCCGCUGAUUAUCGUGACCCAAAGAGGACAUGGAUAGGGAAUUUUAUGGAUGAUUUCCUUCAUAGGAGUCUAUGGGUUCGCUAUGUAACUUCAAUAUAUUGGUCAAUCACAACCCUCACUUCUGUUGGUUAUGGUGACCUACAUGCCAUGAACACUCGGGAGAUGAUUUUUGACGUUAUCUAUAUGCUCUUCAACUUGGGGCUGACUUCUUAUUUGAUUGGAAACAUGACUAAUUUGGUAGUUCAUGGUACAAGCAAGACAAGACGAUAUAGAGACACCAUUCAAGCCGCCUCAGGUUUUGCCCAAAGGAACCAUUUGCCAGUUCGUCUUCAAGACCAGAUGCUUGCACAUUUGUGCUUAAAGUUUAGAACAGACUCAGAGGGGAUCCAACAGCAAGAGACUCUCGAUUCCCUUCCCAAAGCCAUCAGGUCAAGCAUAUCUCAUUUCCUCUUUUAUUCCAUGGUUGACAAGGUCUAUCUUUUCCACGGAGUAUCAAAUGAUUUAGUCUUCCAACUGGUUUCAGAGAUGAAAGCAGAGUACUUUCCCCCCAAGGAGGAUGUAAUCCUACAAAAUGAAGCACCCACAGAUUUCUAUAUUCUUGUGACUGGAGCUGUGGAUCUGUUGGUUCUAAAAAAUGGAACUGAACAGGUUGUUGGGGAGGCAAUAGCGGGUGAUUUAUGUGGUGAGAUAGGGGUUCUUUGUUAUAGGCCUCAGAUGUUCACAGUACGGACCAAACGUUUGAGCCAACUAUUAAGGAUGAACCGAACCACAUUUCUUAAUAUCAUUCAGGCUAACGUUGGUGAUGGAACCAUAAUCAUGAACAAUCUCCUUCAGCACCUGAAGGAGAUGAAGGAUGAUCCAUUAAUGGAAGGAGUUCUGUUAGAGACAGAAAAUAUGUUAGCAAGGGGGAGAAUGGAGUUACCACUGACCCUUUGCUUCGCAACACAAAGGGGAGACGAUUUGCUGUUGAAUCACUUGCUGAAGAGGGGAUUAGACCCAAAUGAAUCUGACAACAAUGGGAGAACCGCUCUUCAUACAGCAGCAUCCAAAGGAUAUGAAAAUUGUGUCGCUCUUCUUCUGGACUUUGGAGCCAAUCCCAACCUUAAAGAUUUUGAAGGGAGUAUACCAUUAUGGGAAGCCAUUGUGGGAAAACAUGAACCUGUAAUCAAGCUACUGUUGGACAACGGUGCAAACAUAUCUUCUGGGGAUGUUGGUCAGUUCGCAUGCAUUGCUGCUGAGCAGAACAACCUCGACCUCCUCAAAGCAAUCGUCCGUUGUGGAGGGGAUGUAACCCUGCCCAGAACCAAUGGCCCUACAAAGACAGCCCUCCACUUCGCGGUGUGUGAAGGCAAUGUGGAGAUGGUCAAGUACCUGCUCGACUGUGGGGCGGAUAUCAAUAAGCCAGACGAGUACAGGUGGAGCCCACGGGAUUUGGCUGAGCAACAAGGUCACAAUGAUAUCAUUGCACUCUUCGAAUCCCGGUGUGAUCAAUCCGCUGCUGACACAAUUCCCGAAGAACGACCGAGCAGGGUCCGCUUUAUUGGGAGGUUCAAAAGCGAGCCCACAAUGCCCCCCACGACACAUUCAGAGGGAUCGCUUGUGGGGAGGUCCCGCCCUAGACGUAGAACAAACAGCUUCCACAACUCGUUGUUUGGUAUAAUGUCGGCUGCUAAUAACAUUGACCAGCCAAUUCUUUCCCCUGUGAAAGAAACCACAACUGAAAGACCCUACCCGACUAGAGUGACUGUUAGUUGGCCCGAGAGAGGAGACAUUGCUGGAAAGGUUGUGCUACUACCUGAGAGCAUACAACAACUACUGCAGAUUGGGGUUAAGAAGUAUGGUUUCUUGCCUUCCAAGAUUCUAAGCAAAUCGGGGGCAGAAAUAGAUGAUAUUAGAUUGAUCAGAGAUGAUGAUCAUAUUAUUUUUGCAAACGAUAAUAGAACAAUGGAUGUCAAAUGACCAAAAACUGGUUUGUUCAUAACCCAAUGAAGAUUGGGUAUGUAAAAUGUUGCAUAUUCUCUCCAAGGAGUUCACCGUGGAUGGUCAAGAAUCAUGUACAUUAAUUUUAUCGAUAUGAUAUCUAUGGAGCAACUCCACUCUAGAGACUGUCCAGGUUAAGGAAAAAUGACUUCAAGCUAAAAAUGACUUCGGAUGUUUUCUUUUGGAUUGCUAGUAUGGUCUGAACUGGUCUGAUCUGGUCUGGUAAAUGUCUGGUUUUUCUGUAUUUUAUAACUAUGAAAGUCUGGUCUGAUCUGGUCUGAUGUAGUCUUGUCUGGCCUGAGAUUGAAAAUAGUCUAAAAGAAUCGUAUCUAGCCUCUUUUCGAUGGUAUAUGACACCAAGGUUUCAUUUUGGUAAGAACGCAAAUAUGGUUACAACUUAACAUUAAAAUCUCUCCGAGAAGUGUAUAUAUAUGCUUAUUUUAUAUAAUACUCAGUAUAUAUUUAU